UAUGUAUAUAUUUUAAUUGAGUAGUAUUUUUCUAACUCUAUUUAAUUUUAAUUUUAAAAGAUGAUUCACGACCGUCACACUUGAUUCUCACUGCAUAUCUCUUGAUAUUCUCUAGCUCAUACCCUCUCUCUCCUCUCUCUCAAAUGGACCACCACAAAUUCGAACUCAGCCCUCUCUUCAUGGGCAUUCUUGGAAUCCUUUCCGGUGCAGCUAUAGUUGCAACCUUCCAUUGCAUCGCCAUAGGUUGGUGCAGCAGCCACCAGCCACCACCACCACCAACCCCACCGCAAAACCGCCCCCGAAUCGCUCGGGGAAGUACUACUACUAGUACUCAAGAUGACAGCACCAGCACCACCAGCAACUCUGCAGCUCAACUAAUCACAAUCUAUAUACCCACCAAUGAAGCCAAAGAAGCUCCUCUCUGUGCCGUGUGCUUGGGCGAGUAUGCCGAAGAAGAGGAGCUCCGGGUGUUGCCGGAAUGUGGACACUCGUUUCAUGUUACGUGUAUUGAUACGUGGCUUCACUCCCAUCCCAAUUGCCCGCUUUGCCGUGCUGGCGCGGUGGUGCCGGCUCUGCCGCGGCAAAAUAUUGUGACGUCACCACCACACCAUGUGGUGGUGCUGCCUCCUCCUCCACUGCUGCAGAAUGGUGGUGUCUUUGCCAGAUUCUAGUCACUCUCUUUGGUUUUUAAUUUUUAACUCGUAUUUUUUUAUUUUACGUGAAUUUUUAAAAUAUUUUUAUUAGUGAAUAUGGUAUAUAUAUAUAUAUUAUAUUCACUAAUAAUUUUAAUCAAAUUUUUUUAGGUCUAGUAGAUGUAAAAAAGUUUUAAAAAAAAAUAAUCAGAAGUGAGGGUGAUGACACUGUAUAUCUGUAUGCGGUAGAUGGAUUUGUAUGUAUAUAUGUGUUGAGUUUUAAGUUUCUUCGUGAAGUAAUGUUAGAAAUCUUAAAUAUUUUAUCAAAAUUUUAUCAAAUGUUUUAUAUGGGUGUAGGAUACAUAUAUUGUGGAUUCUAUGUAGGUCCCAAACUCAUGUGAGACAUUUAAUAAAAUUUGUGAUAGAAUUUU